AGUCUGUGGUUUCGUUAAACUGUGAUUUCUAGCAAGUGUUAUCUAACUGUUUAAAUUUUUUGCACUUACAUUGCCUAAAGUCAGAUUAUGUAUAUGAUAAAGACCCCAGCCCGGUAGACCAACAGCAGCAGUUAUAAUGAAAAAACUCGGAAGAAUUUCGUACCACAUUAUUCUAAAUUCUCGUAUCCCAAGUUACACAAGUGUUUUCGUUCGGAAAAUAACAGUGACAGCAGUGACAAGAAAAACUGAUUUGCCAGCCGUCACUUGCAAAUUAUACCAAAUGCCAGACCAAAUUGUCAAGACAGCAGAUCAGGGUAUCGGGUCAUCAAAAAUGGCAGACGUACCGAUCGACUGUGAUUUCCCCGUUUGGGGAUUAUUACCAAAAAAAGAAACGGGAGUCGUAUCGUUUCUGAAUAAAUAUCCUGUUUACGAUGGCCGAGAUACGAUAAUAGCUAUUUUCGAUUCUGGCGUCGAUCCGGCGGCCGAAGGACUUAAGGUGACUAGUACUGGUGAAACGAAGGUCAUAGAAAGGUUUGACUGCAGCGGAUGCGGAGAUGUCGACACAAGCAAAACUGUUAAGGCAGUAGAUGGGUACAUCACUGGUGUUACUGGACGUAAACUAAAGAUACCAGAAACAUGGAACAAUCCGAAUGGGGAUUGGCGUGUAGGUGUUCUCCAUCCAUACAGCAUUUACCCGACAAAAGUCAAGGAGAGGAUCCAAGAGCACAGAAAAGAGCAUCUUUGGAAUGUUGGACACAAACCAGCACUGGCAGAGACCACCAAACAAUUUCAGGAUUAUGAAAGUGAGCUUUCAUCAAAGAGUCCAACAUUGACUCAAGAGGAGAAACUAAUGAAGGAAGAACUGGAAGCAAGAGUUGAAGUACUUCAAAAUGUUGAAAAGAAAUACUCUGACCCAGGUCCUACAUAUGACUGUGUAUUAUACCACGAUGGAGAGACGUGGAGAGCAUGCAUAGAUACAUCGGAAAGUGGUGAUUUAUCAACUGGGCCCAAUCUGGGAGAGUACAGUGUAACCCAUGAGCACACUCAUUUGACACCAAUUGACGAGAUGACUAUAAGCAUUAAUGUCCACAAUGAAGGCAAUACACUUGAAGUGGUUGGAAUGUGCUCUUCUCAUGGUACGCAUGUAGCAGCGAUAGCAGCAGGAUAUGUUCCCGAGGAGCCUGAACGUAAUGGAGUAUCACCUGGUGCUAAAAUCAUAUCUCUAACAAUUGGUGACAGUAGAUUAGGUUCCAUGGAAACCGGUACAGCCCUUGUUAGAGCGUGUAUAAAGGUCAUGGAAUUAUCUAAGAAGAUGAAGAUAGAUGUCAUUAAUAUGAGUUAUGGAGAGCAUGCCCAUUGGUCUAAUGCGGGUCGAGUGGGUGAAAUAAUAUUGGAAGUGGUGAAUCGUUAUGGAGUAUCGUGGGUUGUGUCAGCUGGAAACCACGGGCCGGCUUUAUGCACUGUGGGAGCUCCCCCUGAUAUAGCACAAUCUGUACUUAUUGGUGUGGGUGCGUACGUGUCUCCGGAGAUGAUGGCGGCGGCGUACUCCAUGCGGCAGCGCGUGUGCGGCGGCGCUUUCAGCUGGAGCUCGCGCGGGCCCGCCGCGGACGGAGCCCUGGGGCUCUCCGUGGCCGCUCCAGGAGGUGCCGUCGCGGCAGUCGCCAGAUUCACAUUAAGAAACUGUCAACUAAUGAACGGCACUUCAAUGGCGGCUCCUCAUGUUGCUGGGGCUGUAGCCACACUCAUAUCUGGUUUGAAGGCAAGGAAGUUACCGUAUUCGCCGUAUUCUAUAAAGAGAGGGCUGGAGAAUUCUGCAACCGUACUGAGUCACGUUGAGCCUUGGGCUCAAGGAUGCGGCCUUCUUAAUGUUGAAAAGGCCUUCGAUCUGCUCUCGACGUACUACGAUCAGCCCGAACGCGACGUGACAUUCAAUAUACAGUGCUGUUCGUACAACGGCAAAGGAAUAAUACUGAGACCGAAAUUAGACGAUCCGCCCGGAGACAUCGGCCUCACCGUCGAACCGCACUUCCUGCAGGACCACAAGGAUAUGGAGGACCGAGCCGUGAUCGGUCGUCAGAUCUCGUUCGGAGUCCGCCUGGCGCUGACGUGCGGCGCCAGCUGGGUGUCCGCGCCCGUACACCUCGACAUGAUGAACGCCACCCGAACCCUAACGCUGCGGGUCCAGACCUCCAGUCUGCCGCCCGGACCGCACUUCGCCAGCAUCGACGCAUACGACGUGUCUUGUAUCGAGAAAGGUCCAGUCUUCAGAAUACCCGUGACAGUAUUUCAACCGCAGCCGCUACCGGAUUGUUCUUCGCCGACCGUCAUUGACGAGAAGGACGUGCUCUUCAAGUCUUCCACUAUCAAGAGACAUUUCCUAAUAGUACCACCGGAAGCAACGUGGGGCGUUUUGAAGAUGGCAACAGAAGACAAAGAGAUCGUUGGCCGGUUCCUGGUCCACGUCAUGCAGCUGUUGCCGCGCAAGAGCUGCAAGAGUCAGGAGACGCAGAAGAUGCUCAGCGUCAGCAACGAAGUACCCACGCUUCUGCCGUUCGGAGUUGUUGGCGGCGUCACAAUAGAAAUAGCAAUAGCAAAAUACUGGGCCAACAUCGGUGAUCUGAGCCUGGACUACACGGUGGAGUUCCACGGUCUGAAGCCGGACUUCGGUCAGCGGCUGGUGAUGUCGGCCAGCGAGGGCGUGCGAUCCGUCACGCUGUCUGCGCACCGCCUGCUGGAAGUACAACCCAAUGCCGUGCUCAAAUACUCUGAGCCGGUGGUCAGACCCACAGAAUCGAAAUUGACUCCGUUGACGUCUCGUGAUGUCAUUCCGCCAAGCAGACAGAUCUACCAGCUGAUAAACACAUACAAUUUCCAUCUUGCCAAGGCUACUGAGGUGUCCCCGACGGUGUCGCUGCUGUGCGACAUGCUGUACGAGUCGGAGUUCGAGUCGCAGAUGUGGAUGCUGUACAACAGCUGCAAGCAGCUCAUGGCCGUCGGGGAUGCUUAUCCGUCCAAGUAUAAUGUGAAGUUGGAAAAGGGCGAUUACGUGUUGCGUCUGAACGUCCGUCACGAGAACAAGUCGUUGUUGGAGAAGCUGCAGGAGUUGCCCGUGGUGCUGCAGCAGCGGCUCCAACAGCCCAUCACCAUGGACUCCUACUGCUCCAGGAUCCAGGCGCUGACGGCCGGCAAGAAGUUCAGCACGGCGUCCCUGCCCAGCGGUAACCUCAUGCCCGUCUACUUCACAGCCGUGCCUUCCGACAAAAUAAGCCGUUUGAAUUUGACCGUCGGUCACACGUUCUCCGGUACGAUAUCGUUCGCUAAAGACGAGCUCGGUCGGAAAGUGGACACGUACGCGCUUCAGUACUUGGCCUGCGAGCCGCCUAAACGUAACGCCAACUCCAAGGAUAAGGAGAAGGGGAAGGCCCACGACGAUUAUAUGGACGCCGUCAAGGAGUUCACGGUUGGCUGGAUUGCUAAACUAGAAGGCGAUAAACUAGAACAAGUUUACGAAGAGCUGGUAGAGAAAUUUCCGGGUUAUUUGGGAGCUCACGUCGCUUACUUGCACGCUAUUGAUUCCCCCACCGACCCCAAGAAAUUACCGCAUUCAAACGAAGAGCUGGAUGUGACGACGGCGUGGUGUGAACAACUCAUUGCGAUCUCAGAUAAGGUAAUAAAGGCAAUAGACCAAGAGAAGCUGUUAGCUUAUUUAGGAAUCAAGAACGAUACACGAACCGACGCACAGAAAAUUAAACAGGAUCAAGAGAAACAACGCGGCUAUUUAAUAGACGCGCUCUGCAGGAAGGGCACGGCGCUCUGCCGACUGUACGCGCUGGCCGAAAGCAAGUCGGCCAAGGAGAAGAUCGCGACAGCGCUCCAAGCGAACAUGAUCGACCUCCUCAAGUACACCGAUCUCACUGAAGCCAAAGCAAUAAACUACGGCGUCUGGCAUUGCUUCACGUUCAAACACUGGGGCCGAGCGAUUAAGCUCCUCACGAAGAUCCAAGAGGACCGUCCCUCCAGGGAAGUCGAGGAGCGUCUAAUAGAAGCGUACCGGCAGCUGGGCUGGAACCACAUGGCCAGCUACACGGAGGCCACGCUGCCUAUUAAAUAUCCACUAGCGUAUCGACCUUUUUAGGAGAAGACCGGAAGACCGGAAAACUCGGUAGGUUAGUUCGUGUUCUGUUACCAGAUUACUCAAACCAGAUAGAACUGGCUAGAACCAGAUUUUACAAAUAAAUAUUGCACUUGUACUGGAAGAAUAAUUUAGUCGUUUGGUUGUCAGAUUUCAUUGAAACUAUCUUUGCAGGGAAGUUUCCAGAAUUUUCCAGACCUUUUGUCUCACUGUCUUUCCACUUAUUUUGUUUCUACUUAUUUUCUGAAAGUUCUAGAUACUAUGAGUGAUACAUGUUUAAGAAUCCUCAUGGCUACUUGCCUGUUAGCACUGCAUCGCUGACAUGCUUUUAAUACCUCUCUUGUCUCAUAGAAUACGUUAUUCCAUCUAUUGAUUUAGUUUAGAACUAAACAGCAGACUACGACUGCCGCUUCUAUACAUAAUUUAUGGUAUUUAGUCAAUAAUUUAUUUGUCCUUAAGAACACGGGCUGAUCUAUAUAGGUAUUAAAAAAAAAAUCCAAUCUUAAGAUGAAAUUGUAAAAAUGUUUUAGUUGAUUAUCGAUUUUUGUAUGAUCUGUGUUUUUAUAGUGAGAGUUACAAAGACUCGUUUCAAUUUUAGCUUAAGUUCUCCAAUAUAAAUGCAAACGUUAGAUGUUUUAUUUUUAUUUUAUUGUAAUGUUCAUCGAAAAGUUAAGUGAUACAACAUAAAGUUUGUUACAUACAAUAGAAAGUUAAACAGUUGUACGUUUUAAUUUAUAUAAUAUUUAUAUAUAUAUAUAAUAUAUUAUUUCACUACACAGGGAGGAUGAAAAAUCGCUAUUCAAAGAUUAAUAUCGAUUAAUUUUUCUGCAACACUUAUUACAUUUCAUUUUAAUUAAAUUACGUUAUUUCACUCUGAUUUCAUUUGUUAACAAAACGUGCAUACAUGUCCUUACCAUGUGACACAUGGAACAUAUUUCCAUAGAUAAAAAUUUAGUUUUAAUAAAUUUGACAUUUUGACGCGAAUCUACGUGUUAGUCUAAUAGAAUAGAAGAUUAUGAACACAGCUGAUAAACGAAAUCAAAAUUUAAAUCUGUUAAGGUAUUAGUAAAUUAUAGUCAUUAAAGUUGUUAAUGACAUGCUAGCGAGAAAGCGCACUAUUUUAUAGUUAAAUACACUAUUUUAUAUAUAAUGACGUCAACGUUCAAAAGCGAACAUUCGUGUUGCGAAAAGGGAUACAACACGCUCCUACAUCUCGGAAAACUAUUAGCAAAUUUAAUGUUUCUCACUGAGUAAUUUGGUUUUAGAAAAUAUUUAAGUCCGCUAUUUGUAUCUGAUGCUUGCUCUGGUUACUGCUUAUAUUUUAUCAAAUCAUUUUUCGUGAUUAAACUAAAACUUUUGUGAAAAACACAAAUCGAAUGGACAGAAACAUGAAGCAUAAGCGUAUUUCCACUGUGGCUUGUGUCCACUACCAAAUUAAUUUGAGAAGCAAGCAAAUGACAUUGACAGUUUAAAAAAAAUGACACCUGUCAGGUUUUCCUGAAUGAAAUGUUUUUAGAUUUAACGAUCAAUGUGACGUUGCCAAAAUCUGUUUUUUUUUACUUUUAUAGAGAAGGAAUCGUUCGUGUUUUUAAUGUUAUAGUGGAUCCACGCUGUUAACGUGUGGAUAUUAGCUAGUCGAUUUCACCUUAAAAGACUGUUAAAUGGACAGAAAUUUAAACCAUUCGAACUGUUGACUACUAUAAAAUUUUAUUGGUUCAAUUCAUUUUUCAAAAUCGAUUCCGCUACCCUAAACCUGUUACUAGGUAGUAAGUAGUCAAGUUUGACAUCCAUCGAUGGUGAUGUCUUUGUUAGGCACCGUUCAUUGCGUGUUCAUGAAAUCACUAAAUCUAUAAGUGUUUUAUGCUUAGGAAGUGAAUGUUUAUCUCCGUUGCGCUAAUGUUGUAAAUUAGUGUAAUUUUGCUGUGAACUUUUCGUAAAUAAGCAUUUAUUACCAAGAUGAUUUUUAAUUUAUGACGAAUUUAGUAACAUUUUACUGCCUCUUAGCAGACUAAUUUUAUUUGAUGACAAUACAUAUUAAUAGAUUUGACUUCUCAAUACAUUUUAUGUCUUAAUAAUAAAAGUUUAAUUUCUAUAAUAAUAUGUGUAUUAAAUAUUAUAAUUAUACUUUGUAAAUGUGCUCUAGAAAAACGAUUCAAAAUUGAGCUUACAUAAACAAAAAACGGUGAGUUUAAAGGUAUCACGUGAGCUCACCAUUG